GCAUAUUCAACUCAAGCUCAAAUUAGUGAUAAGCUCCAGCAAUCCAGCAUAAACCUUGAAAAGUGUACCAACGACACAAAAGGAGAAGUAAACAAAUGCCUUCAAAUCAUCUACAAGCAGAAACUAAUCCACGACCUGAAGUUGAAAUCAGACAAAAUUUCCAAACUAGCAGGAAGAAAUCCACAAUUAAAGCACCUCCAAAGUAUCAAUCAUCCUGUACUUCUCAGCCGAUUUCCCAACGAAUUUCACAAUCAUCAGCAAAUUGAAGGAAAAAAACUCAACCAAUUCGUUAACCUAUCUAAUCACAGCCUCACUCAGGGAGAGCAAAGCAUCUUGAAUAAGGGACUAUCAUAUUGCCCAUCUCAGAAACCUGACCCAGUCAAUCUCUGUUCUGACUUCCACAUGUUCACCCGUAGGAUACAACUUAAGGAAUUCUUUCAGGACAAACAGCUCGCCGCUAAUCACACUCUGCAAAGACAGAACAAUCUAGUGAAGGAGUUCAAUCCACCUACUGGUAGGAACCAAUUCAUUGAUGCAUACAUCAAUUCAGCGACCUCGCACUUAAACUCGUUCCUCAACGAAGUACAAUGUAAAAAACUACAAGAUAAUAUGACCAAAGAAGAACGUAAGGCUAUAUCCACUCUUAAAGCCAAUGAUGACAUCGUAAUUAGACAGGCAGAUAAAGGAGGAGCCACGACCAUCAUGAGCCAAACCAGUUAUAUCGAAGAAGCCAAUGAACAAUUAUCGAACACUACAUUUUAUAAGAAAUUAGAUAAGGACCAUACUGUUGAUUUUAAACGUGAACUUUUGAACAUGACCAAAGGGUUAUCUACUCAUACCCGUUCACAUAUGCCUGCUCUUAUCCCUAGGAACCCACAGCCAG